AUGAAUGACUUUUUGGAGUCGUCUGCUCCUUCUUCGUGUAUUACACCAAGACAAAACCAUCAUUCAUCAACAGCAAAUAAUUUCUUCUUGUCCAUAAAACAAGUUUCGAAUAGUAAUGGACACGCCGAGACGAAACAUUUGGAUGAUGAAAAUAACAGUAGCAUGUAUAGAACCCCUCCACGAAAGCACAAAACUUUCGAUUCUUCAUCGAGUAAUCUUGCAAGUACAGCAAGUAUGACCACAGUUUCGGAUAUGAGUUUAACUCCACAACAUGCUUGUACAUCCAUGAUUGAAUCUGAUAUGGUUUCGUAUGAUUCUUUCAUAUCUAGGACUUCACAAUUCUCUUCAUCUACCUUCACUUUACUUCAAGGUGAAAAUUCUGAUAAGAAUUUAAUGAACAAUAAUAUUGAACGAAAGUCGUCGAUUCUGGACGAAUUACUGCAGGACGAAAGUGAUUUUAUUAUUAUGGUAGAAUCACCACCUUCCUCUCCAAUGAAGAAAGAUACUCCUAUCAAAGAAAGUCAAAAUAUUGAGUAUUCAAUUACCACUUCCUCCAUUUCUGUAAAUAAUAGCAACAAUAAUUCACCUAAACUUGUAAAUAAUAAUCCAGAAAUUUCUGGUUAUUUAUCACCACCAAUGCUCAACAAGAAACAAUUUUCCAGGAGUUUCAAUGAUAUUUCUUCUCAAACAUGUGAAAGAAAUUUAUUCGAAAAUUCCCCAACAAUGGACGAAUCCCAGUCAACCACGAGACAUAUUCGAAGAGAAACCCUUACUCCAGUCACUGCUGCUUUCCUCAAACAAGCCAGAACUCAAAGAAAUUCACUAGCAAGAAAGGGAAAUUUCGUUCAUCGACUUUCUAUGAGAAAAUUUAAAGAUUUUUCAGAUUUUCAAAUUUUCAACUCACAAAAUUCUGAGAAUUUGGAAAAAUCAAAGAAAUUGGCACAUCAGGAGAUUUUUGAAAGAAUGAAGACAAAUCAAGGCAAGUCAAUUUGUGAGCUUUCUCAGGAAUUUUCAAUAGUUUUGAUAUUUGUUAAGAGUUUCCUUUGUCCUUACUCGUCGCUUUCUAUUGGAAACAUGAAUAGACAAUUGACUAAAAUGUUGAGUAUGAAUGUCAUGCCAGUAUUUGUCAUAUUUGGUGAAGAGAGUACUUGUGAAAAUGGAGGAUUAUCUUUUGAAGGACUGAAUGAUGGUUCAGAAAAUAGACGAAACUCUGUCAUUCUUUCAGGGUUAAAGAAGAGUUGGAGAAGUUUCCGUAAGAAACCCAAAGAAUCAUCCAAUUCUUCAAGUAGUCUCGAUACAAUCUUUGGCACCAACUUUACUCAAUCAAAUUAUGACAAAUUUUCACAGUACAAACAAUUAGUCCAAAGUUUCAACAGAGUAUACGAUUCAACAGGUGAAUUCUUCCAAUAUUUCAAUGUAAAUAAGCUUCCAGUUCAGUCAACCAUCAAUUUAAGCUCUCUAUUCUCAGCCAUCAACAUAACAAUGCAAGGUUUCAAAGUGGGAAUCACCACAGAUCAUGUUUCCCAAUUCAAAAGACUACCAGCACUUUUCCUAAUCCACAACAAUGCAGUGAUGGAAUAUAAAUUUGUGGACAUGCAGGAAAAGCCAGAAUAUAUUGAAUUUAUGAUUGAUGCGAAUAGUGAGGAAUGCGUGGAUUCAGAGAUGGAAUCAUCAAUUUCUGGAAUUGAAUAUGAUCUCAAUACUCCAGAUCAAGAUUUUGAUAAGGAGAAUAAGGAAAUUAUUACUACCAUUCAUCCAGAGCAGUUUGUCUAUACGAAUAAUGUCCAGCAACCAUCAAAUCAAUAUAGAGAGCUUUCGGAUAAUUUCUCAAAACAAAAAGAGGGUCAAAAGAAGGGUAUUCGUAGAACUUUAUCAUGUUUCUUUGGACAAAACAAUUCACCAACUUGUUCGCCAAGAAAGAGAAGUAUCAGGUAGAUAUCUACAGAUUUCAAAAUCCACUACCACCACCAAAAUUAAAACCACUACCGUUACUUGGUUUAAUUGGUGGUUUAGUUCCAAAUGUAGUACUAGUACUUCCAAAAGCAAAUCCAGUAGUAGGUUUAGUUUCCACAUUUUCCAAAUAUUUCGAAAUCAAUUGUUGAUGGGACUUUGAAAUCAAUUCAGUCAAUCCAUCCAUACUGUAAUAUCUUGCCUCAACAAACAAACUCUCCAAAGCAUGAUUAUCACUAGGAAGCACAAAAUUCUUCACAUCACCUCCACUUCUCAAAUAAUUCAAAAUAUAUCUGAAAUAAGUUGGAUCUCUAUCAAUAAAAAUUGAUUCAUCA